GCGGGGUUUGAUCUUUACUUAUUUAUUAGGACUCAAACUUAGCCAUUAUUAACUCAAAAAUCAAAAUUACUCCUAAAACAAGCAGAUAGGAAAAAACACAAAUAAAUAAAAAAAAGGAAAUUGAAUGCAGAGUUGUCAGAGUGUAUUUAAAAAAGAAAAAAAAAGCACGUUAGGAGGAGUAUCCUUUAGACUAGAGUAAGGGAGUGGGUGCUUUAAAGAAGCAGAGAAGCGGGAGAAGAGUGUGCAGCAGCAACAGCCAACAGAAGAAAAUGGCAAAAGAGAAAGAUCUGGAGAAGCAAAUCGGCGGUUGCAUGGCCGGCUUCUUCAACAUCUUCGAUCGCCCCAGUCUCCUCUCUCCUAAUAAGCGUCUCUCUUCCUCUCCGGUAACUUGUCUAUCUCUCUUUCCCUCUUCUCCUGUUCCUAGAGGGAUGCAAUGAAUUGACUUACCAACAAAACAACAAUGUCUGUGUUUCUCCAGAGCGCUGAAUCUGAAUCUGCCUCGGGUAGGACGAAUCAGCAGAGUGUGUACUCUACCCCUGAGCUACGCUCUCCUGCGCCGGCUCAACAAAGAUCUUCUUCUUCUUCUUCUUCUUCCUCUAGGCCUUGGAGGUUCUCUAAAGAAGCUCCGAGGCUCUCCCUCGAUAGCAGAGCCGUCGUGGAUGCCAAGGGCUGCCUCAAACACAGACAGAUCCGAGCCGAUGCGGUUGAGGCUGAGAACCAGCGCGGCUCACCCAGUGUGAUCGCACGGCUCAUGGGAUUGGAGCCAUUUCCCCAACAGCCUCUCCAGAGAUCUGCAUCCGAGUCCAGGGUCACCAGAGACUACAUAUUUGACUUUCACGAUGACAAGGGAGCAGCUCAAGAUCCGGCUCCAAUUAGGAACGCCCGAGCCCACCCAACCUCAGUAGUACGCCGAAAGAGUUUCUUUGAUUCCGGUGAUUUCUUCCCGAGAGUUUCCAAAAUGAGUGGAUUUGACGCUCCCCCGACCGAUCUGGAAACCCUCAAGCAGCUUCUCGAAGCUCUUAGGCUCAAAGGACUCUUGCACUCGUCUUCACUCAAACAUCAGAGCAGGAAUCUCGUCUUCGACCAUCAUUCUCCGAUCAAACCAGUGAGGCGGGAUCGCAUUUCCCCGAGCGUCAAUAGGAGGAGACCAAGACCAACGCUCAAGGAACAGAGGAGAGUCUCUUCACUCCCUUGGCGGAGACCAGAACCUCUCCAGACGAGGAUUGAAGACCAGAGUAGCACUCUAGCCGAGGAAGAGAUGUGGAAAGUGGAUGUGUAUAACAGACAAGGCAAAACCUUAUUGGAGAGAUGCGACAAGCUGCUCCACAGCAUUGCUGAAAUGGCCGCUGCUGAGGCCGGAGACUCACAACCGAGCCCCGUCUCUGUUCUUGACGCCUCAAUUUACCACGAGGACUCUUCUCCGUCCCCCGUCCUGAAACGCACCCUUGACUUUGCUGAUGCUGAAGAAGACGAAUCCUGGGGUGGCUCAAUAUUAUCAUCGUCCGACUCUGAAUAUGUAUACAUCUCGGACAUCCUCCGAGCCUCAGAUUGCCUUCCACAAGAGUCCGACAGCUUCUCCUUUCUGGAAAAGCAGCAAUACCUCAAAGGAAAAUGCGCCUCCAGAGCCGCAGCUCAGGAAAGACGCCUCAUCUUCGACGCAGUGCAAGAGAUUGUGGCGCGGAGAAGGAGCUUGCCCCCGUGGAUGAUGGUAGGAGAGGCUGAUAAUAAGAUGCAAGUGAUCUGGUCUGAAUUUCAGAAGAUAAGAGACAAAAAGUCGUCCACGGAGGAAGAUGACCUUGUGGGAUACGUGUGCGGGGUCCUCGGAAGAGAUUUGUCGGAGGACCGAUGGCGAGAUUUUCAGGUGGAGAUGUCAGAAGCAGUUCUUGACGUCGAACGCCUCAUAUUCAAAGAUCUCAUCGGCGAGACCAUACGCCAGUUGGCUUUUCUUAACAGGUCCGACUCGCUGCGUAGGAGGCUGCUCUUUUGAUAUAAAACUAGACUAAAUUCUCUGACCCAAGUCUGAAACUAAACCCAACCUACGACCUAUACCAUGUCUAACCAAACAUGCGAGAGUGAUAGUUCUUUUGUGUGUUUUUUUGUGUGAAAUGUGUGAUUUAUCAAGUUUGGGACUUGGCGCCUGUUGUCUAAAAGACUAAAACCAUACACUCUUUUUUUUGCUCUUUCUGAAUCAAACUGCUGCUCAUUUGUGUGGUGUAUUCGGACUAAUAAAGACUUUAAAAGUGUUAUGGGCUUCAAGUGGA